GGGCAGAAUCGAAUUCCGCCACUUGUCCCCCAUCGUCGAAGAAGAAGAAGGAAGCAAUGGAAGUCGAGAGCUCGACCACCGGCGCGGCGGCGCCGCCGCUCUCCUCCGGCAACUUCCGAGAACUCUUCGACUCCGUGGACGCCUUCCUCUUCGACUGCGAGGGUGUCAUCUGGAAGGGAGACAAGCUCAUCGACGGCGUUUCUCAGACUCUCGACUUGCUCCGAUCCAAAGGGAAGAAGCUGGUGUUCGUGACGAACAACUCGAGGAAGUCGAGGAGGGAGAACGCCAAGAAAUUCGGUUCUCUCGGGAUUUCCGUGAGCGAGGAUGAGAUCUUCUCGUCGUCGUUCGCGGCCGCCAUGUAUCUGAAGGUCAAUGAUUUUCCUCAGGACAAGAAGGUUUAUGUGAUUGGUGGCGAAGGCAUUAUAGAGGAACUCCAGCUUGCUGGAUAUACUGGCCUUGGAGGUCCGGAAGAUGGCAAAAAGACAGCGGAGUGGAAAUCAAAUUGCCUUUUUGAACAUGACAAGAGUGUUGGAGCAGUCGUGGUUGGGCUUGACCCCUUCAUCAACUACUACAAGCUUCAGUAUGGAACUCUCUGCAUCCGUGAGAAUCCAGGAUGCCUUUUUAUUGCGACAAAUCGAGAUGCAGUAGCACACAUGACUGAUUUACAAGAAUGGCCUGGUGCUGGCUGUAUGGUUGCAGCCAUCUGCAGUUCAACUCAGAAGGAGCCUAUAGUGGUUGGGAAGCCAUCAACCUUCAUGAUGGAGUUUUUACUAAAGAAGUUCCAAAUUGAUUGUCCCAGGAUGUGCAUGGUGGGUGAUCGAUUGGACUCCGAUAUCUUAUUUGGGCAGAAUGCUGGCUGCAAGACUCUGCUUGUUCUUUCAGGUGUGACAACUCUAUCUGCUCUUCAAGACCCGGCAAAUGAUAUUCAGCCGGAUUAUUACACAAACAAGGUGUCCGACUUUCUCGAUCUAUUAGGAGCGUGACCCUAUCAGGCGUGAUAGUCUUUCUGGCAUGUCAGACUUUCUUUGCCUGAUUAUUUAAGUCCACCAUUUCUCCCUUUGACAAUAGGGAAACACAGAAUACUGGCAUGAACAGGUUUCAGCUGUGUUUCUUUUUCCUUUUCUUCAAUAACCAAGUCCGGAAACAAAUUCGGUGAACUGAGAUAAACUGACAAUCACAUGAAAAAUACACCGCAAAGCCUAAUUUGUAAGGCGAAUGGCUUCAAUUCGUGCCCCUGAAUUUAUUACAAAUGUCCAUGCUUUUUGUUGACUGUGUAUAUAUGGAAAGGGGUUCUUUGCA